AUGUCGCCGCCAGUGGCCGCGCCCAAGGUUGGGUCCGCGAAGGACGUUCAGAAAGAGUCGACAGCAGCACGAUUACUGGGAGCCGGUACGAUCGCUCGAGUGAUAUUGUGACAUUGGGUAGCAGAUGUCCUAAUACAUCACUAUAGGAUCCGCCGGUAUCGCCGAGCUCAUCGUCUUCCAUCCCGUCGACACCAUCGCAAAGCGUCUCAUGUCCCACCAGGGUAAGGUAGCCAACGCGUCGCAGCUCAACGAGGUCAUUUUCCGAUCGCAUGCAUCCGAGCCCAUCGUCAAGCGAUUUUUCACUCUCUUCCCGGGCCUAGGAUAUGCUGCGGCGUAUAAGAUCUUGCAGCGAGUGUAUAAAUACGGUGGACAGCCAUUCGUGAGAGAUUAUUUGUCGACGAACCAUGGUGAUUCUUUCGACAGAGCGUUCGGCAAGGGCAAUGGCAAAGCGAUCAUGCACGCGACGGCUGGGUCAUUGAUUGGAAUCGGAGAGAUUGUCCUACUGCCACUGGACGUGCUCAAGAUCAAGAGACAGACAAACCCGGAUGCUUUCCGUGGAAGAGGCGUGCUCAGGAUCGUUGCGGAUGAGGGAUUUGGUCUCUACCGAGGAUGGGGAUGGACAGCUGCACGCAAUGCUCCUGGAUCUUUCGCGCUCUUUGGUGGUUCCGCAGCGGCCAAGCAGUACCUGUUCAAGCUCCAGGACUACAACUCGGCAACAUGGGUUCAAAACGGUGUCGCUUCCAUCGCCGGCUCAAGCGCAUCGCUUAUCGUUUCCGCUCCCCUCGAUGUCGUCAAGACACGAAUCCAGAACCAGAACUUUGAGGUCAAGCGAUCAGGUACAAAGAUCGUGGCCGAUAUGGCCCGCCACGAGGGUAUCGGUGCUUUCUUCAAGGGACUGGUUCCAAAGCUUCUCAUGACCGGGCCGAAGCUCACCUUCUCCUUCUGGCUGGCGCAGACACUGAUUCCGGCCUUCAACAAGAUGAUGUAA